AUGGCAACCAUUGAAGGAGAUAAGAAACAAGAAGGGAACAAGCCUGUGUCGACCGAAGACAAAACCGUGACAAAACCGUUACGGAAUCAAAGGGCGCUGAUUCGCGUCAUUGAAAAGACCAUGAAGGAAAUAGAAUCAACAUUUGAAGAACCACAACAAGAAGUGGUUUACAGGACAAGUCAGGCACAGCUGGAAAAUUAUCUUAGCAAGUUAGAACAAAACAAUGAUAUAAUAUGGAACUCCACCACUGCAGACACGGUAAAGGACUACAGUUGGGAAGCGUUUUUUGAAAUAGAAAGAAAACUACACAAUAAAUUGAUGUUAAUAAAAUCAAAGCUAAAAUUGUUAAAUUCUAGUGAUGGUAUCUCAGAAAAUACAGUAACAUUGCAAUCAGUAAAAUUGCCACAAAUUACGCUUCCAAGUUUUGACGGAAACCCAUUAAUGUGGGUACAAUUUCGCGAUUUGUUUUUACAGCUCAUUGACGAGCAACCAUUUAAACCAAUGCAAAAAAUGUUUUAUUUAACCACCAAUUUAAUCGGUGAACCGAAAAAUCUAAUCAAACAUUUGCCAGCUUCAACAGAAAAUUAUGCCACAGCAUGGCAAAUUCUAAGAUCUCGAUACGACAAUAAACGUCUACUCAUCACAGCGUUACUCAACAAGUUGUUAAGCCAAUCGUCUUUAACUGCGGAAACUUCAUCAGGUUUAAAAUCGCUGCAUGAUGUCACUAAGGAGUGCAUUUUGGGCUUAAAGGCACAGGGUAUUCUAAUAGAACAAUGGGAUGCAAUAUUGGUGCACCUCACUUUAAAGAAAUUAGAUAGAGGAACUCAAACAGCAUUUGAACAAUCUCUAAAGGAUAAUCGUUCACUCGUGUCGUUUGAAGAACUUCUACAGUUUAUUGAAAGCCGAUUUCAGUCACUGGAGGCUUUCGGCAGAGGAUUCAACGUAAAGGUCUUAAACACAUCGAGAGUAGUUGCUGCAACAAACGAAGGAUCAAAUUACGAAAAACUAUGUCCAGCAUGCAAGAAUGACCGUCACCCAUUGUACACGUGCAAGUCAUUCAUACAAGAACUUCCCACUAAAAGACUUCAGUUAGUUAAACAAAUGCGGUUGUGCAUUAAUUGUUUAAAGUUUGGCCAUUUUGCAAGAGAAUGCUCGUCAGGCAAUUGUAAAAUAUGCAAUAAAAAACACAAUUCUCUUUUACAUCUGGAAGAUGCAACAUGCACUAACCCAAAUAAAAUAACAAAUUCGAGUAAGUCAAUAAGCCUGAUCUCCAAUUAUAACAAUUACAACAAGGGUUAUGUUGUAUUGGGAACAGCACGCGUAAUAAUACGAAGCAAUAAAGGCAUCAAGGUUGAAUGUAGAGCAUUAGCUGUGUUUCAGCAAACAUGA